UUAUUUAUUUAAUUUAAAUGCUUGCUGUCAAUGGUCAAUGAUAGAUAGUCGUAUUCCAAAAUUGUAAUUAUCGUAACGAAGGGUAUAAAUAUAGUUUAGUGCAGAAAAGCAAUAAGAUGGCUCAAACGGCGGGUGUAAAGCCCAUGACCAUUGCCGGUCGUGUGGCUUCCGAAAGAGAGAGAUGUAUUGGUAUGACUGAUGCAGAAAGGGCAUGGCGCAAACAAUGGUUAAAAGACCAAAUAUUGGCUUCAAAUGAACCUGUACAUGUUGAGGAAUACUGGAGAGAGCGCACCAACCCCUUACGUCGUAUCUAUCGUAAACCAUUGGAUGUAUUAUUUAAUAAGCUAGCUCCUGUCCUGGGACAGCAGCGUGCCGCAGAUUAUAGAUACAUUACAGGAAAACUUGGAUUCAUUGCCGUUGGUAUUUUGGCUGUCCAUUACUAUUUCAAAUAUCAAGGAAAUGACUGGACUAAAAAAGGUGGUUGGAGAGUAACGAGAACUAAACCUAUGGUGCUGCCUGGACAACCUGGUUUCCCAUAUAAAUCUGAACGUUGCAAGGAUUCUGAUUAUGCUGACAGAGGUUUCAGUGCAUCUGUCCUUCAUGGUGCAAAUUAGAUCUUAAUGUUACAAACAAAAUGUGAAGUAGAUGAUAAUUGAUUGAAAUAAACCCGUUUUCUGUUA